CGGCAGUAGUCAUAUGACGUGCGGGUUUGUCUUCUUCAAGCGAAACAGCCGUUGAGGACGUUGGUAUAACUUGUCUCUGUCGUGUCGUAUCGCGUGAGGUUAUCUCUGUCGUAAGAAGUCAGUGCGGUUCAGUGAUGUCGGCUGGGGGCUUGUUGGUGUGUUUGCUGGCCGUGUUUCAGCUCGGCUCGCGGGCUCAGUACGCUCCUGAUGAGGUCACUCACCUGCCAGGUAUGGCGUUCAAACCCAACUAUCGACAGUGGUCGGGAUACCUCCAGGCACGGCCCGGGAAGUUCCUACAUUAUUGGUUUGUGACUUCUCAGAGGGACCCGGUCAAAGACCCUCUGGUGCUCUGGCUGAAUGGAGGCCCAGGCUGCAGCUCACUGGAUGGUUUCCUGUCAGAGAAUGGACCAUUUCAUGUAAAUGAUAAUGGGGCCACACUGUAUGAGAACAAUUUCAGCUGGAACAAGAUCGCCAAUGUGCUGUACCUGGAAUCUCCUGCAGGAGUGGGAUAUUCCUACUCUGAUGACCAGAAGUACGCCACCGAUGAUGACCAGGUCGCUGAUGAUAACUACAAAGCCCUGCAGAGUUUCUUCACCAAGUUCCCAAACUUCACUCAGAAUGAGUUCUUCAUCUUUGGCGAAAGUUACGGUGGAAUUUAUGCACCAACGCUCAGCCUGCGCGUGGCUACUGGAACCGCCAAAAUCAACUUCAAGGGCUUUGCAGUGGGAAAUGGCCUCAGCAGCUUCGCUCUCAAUGACCAGUCUUUGAUCUACUUUGGUUACUAUCACGGACUCUUUGGAGAGGAUUUGUGGCGUGACCUGAACAUAAAUUGCUGUGACAAGGGAACCUGCAACUUCUACAACUCCAGUUCAGACAUGUGCACGACUCUGGUGAUGGUGGCCUUUGGCAUUGUGUAUAACAGCGGACUCAAUGAGUAUGCCCUUUACUUGGAUUGUGAGGGUGGCAGAAGGUCCUACAGAAGCUACGAGAGGACCAUGACUCACCUGUUUAGGAAGUACAGAAAACACUCUCACAUCCACGAGGUUUCAGAUGGAACACCUUCCUCUGUGUCUCUGGGUGAAGUGCCUCCCUGCAUCAACAGUACAGCUCAGAUGAACUGGCUGAACAGAGGCGACGUGAGGAAAGCUUUACACAUUCCAGAUACACUGCCACCCUGGGACAUCUGCAGUGAUGUCGUUGGGGAGCAGUACACCAACCUGUACCCAACAGUGAAGGAGGUGUAUCUAAAGCUGCUCCCUCUGGGCCUGAGGGCGCUCGUCUACAACGGAGACACUGACAUGGCCUGCAACUUCCUGGGAGACCAGUGGUUUGUGGAAGACCUCGGCAUGAAGGCAACCACUAGGUACAAGACCUGGCUUUAUGAUGACCAGAUUGCUGGUUUCUACCAACAGUUCGGAAACAUCACUUUCCUGACAGUCAAGGGUGCAGGUCACAUGGUUCCUCAGUGGGCUCCGGGUCCAGCUUUCCACAUGUUCCAGUCUUUCCUAACAAAUGGCUCAUACUGAGCCAUGAUGGAGACUGCUGUAUGGGAUAUACCUGCACUCAUCACUUGUUAGAUAGUACAUUUUUUUCUCAGGGAAGAUGAGUUUGGAGGUAAAAGGACUGUGAGGGAACUUAUUCUUAUCUUCUGUUUUGUUAAUGAAUGACCUUCAGUGAAAUCUGAGUGUUUGGAGAGAGACAUACUAUUUGUUGUUGGCUUUAGAUCAGAUUUGAAAGUGAACAAUUGAAGUACAACGUUUGAGGAUGUUGGCAUCUAUAUUGGGCUUAUAUGUAGGAACCCUUUUUAUACAGUGUCUUCAUUUUAAAGGACCAUAAGUAAUUGGACUCUUAAAUGUGGAACAUGUGCCUUAAGUCUGGUUUUCAGUAAGUAAAAAGCCCCUGCUCAGUUAGAUCGAGGUUCUGAGUGAUGUGGCCUGUUAACGACUUUCUGUUUAGCCUUAAAGUUUUGGUGGCCUUGUCAUCGUUUGUGCUACUGCAUUGUCCUGAAACUGGGGAACUACAUGUGAAACAAGGCACAAAUCCUUCACUGUUCACCCCAAGUAGAAGUGAAACCCCUUCAUAAAGUUUAAACUUUGACCUCAGUUUCAUUUCAUAUUUAAUGUGCAAAAUAAAAAGCCAACAGACACUGUCCUUCUCCAGAUACUUAAGACUGCACUUAAUAUGAUCAAUGGAAGCUUUUUCCUGUGGCACUGAUGUAAAGCUAAGUCUUGGUGUUUUCACUGUAUGUGUGUAAUACAUGGUGAUUGUUCUAAUCUUAUUGAUGCUCAAACUGUCUCGAUCAAAACUGCAACUUCACUUGCGUUUGUCUCUUUAUUAAAUGUUUUAAACAGCCA